AUGGACUCAGAGGAAGUCCCUCGCCUAUGUCUUGUGCUUGAUUCUACAGCCAAGAAUCCCGACGCUGAGAAUACAGUCUGGAAUCCUGCAGACACUUUAUGCGGACACUUAACGCUAUCAACCAAUAACGAACUCGUCAUUAGUGUCUCACGCCACUGGAUAACCGAGCUAGCACCAGGGGGAUUGGAUCUUACAAUCUUGAAGGCAGAGCGUAAAUUCCACAGUCAGGCUCAGGACAUCCUGCCGACAGAGAUAUUUCGAAAAGACUCGCCACCUGAACACUUCAUAUACGAAGCACCCUUUCACUUCCUCAUCUCUAGUAUGCUUGCAAAACCUGAUCCAGAUUCACCACAACAGUGCUAG